AGAUAUAAUGUAUACGAUGGUGUGAAGAACAAUUAACGAUAUCGCUCGUGUUCGAUUUACGGAUAUGAAGCUGAAGUGUGUGUCCCACAUAGUACUAAUUCAGCAAAUAUUUCUUAUCCUACUAUGUAUCAAAGUUGACAAGGGACACAUGUGGAACUGGUUUUUACUUUUCACCCCGGUAUGGAUUAUCAAUGCACUCCUCUUUAUACCCCUUGUUUACGAGACUUUCCUUAUAGUGCGGUCUCGAAGUGAGGAGGGAAGAACAAAUAGCCCCCCAAAAGUGAAGACCCCUCUCUUUGUGGUGCUGUAUCUUGGGUUACUCGUCUCUAAACUGGCUGCAGAGAUCCUUAUAUGUCUUAAGAAGGGAACGUAUCCGGAGCUAAGUUGGUACUACGUCUUCUUCCCCAUGAUAAUCUCUCUGUUUGGACUUCUUCUCGGCUCCGUUUAUAUCACAUAUUGCGAUAUGUUGACAGUAAGGAGGUGAACAUUUCAGCUAACGUUCCAAGGAACAUUCCAUCAGUCUUCUUUUGGGUUGUGGUCUGCGAGUUAUUAUAAUGUUUGUGCACAUUUCUGCGGUGUUCGGAAAUGAUUUCAGAAUAAACGCUCCGAGUGCUCAAUACUGAACGAACAGAAGAAGGGAUUCAAGAUUUCUGGGUGAAUUUCAUCUGUUUGUGCCUUAUGUUCAGUGAACGUUCCUACAUGUCGACACUCGGUUAUCAAGCUCAACUGAUUUACCUCAUAUUGGUGAAAACUCGUCCCUCUCAGAAAGUAUUUAUUUGUGUGAAGUUACAAGAUGAAAUGAAGCGAAUUAUAGCGUCUACAAUAACAUUGAUUUAGUUAGACAAAAAAACAAUCUAAUAUCAUGUAUUUUGGGAUAAUUAUUAGUAUAUUGGUAUAAUGUCUACAGGUUAUUUGAGCUUUAUCUGAUAUGUUUGUACUCAGGUAUGGCCAAUAGCCAAGAUGUUCAUUUCGUCACGAGUACAGGGUAACUUAUUGUGUGUACUGCAACUAACAUGCUCGUGUAGAUUCUCUAAGGUUUAUACAUUUGUAAACCAAUGUUUGGUGGAGAAAUUAGAUUGCUGGGAACAUAAGACGGGAACUCAAAUAAACAUAAGACCACAUAAUGUAAAUUGAGGGAAAUAUGUGUCAACUGUCAAGAAGAACUACUUUGUAAUAUAACUGUCCUGGGGAAGUUAUCACAGAAAUGUCAGUCAUAAUGUCCACUGCCAGGGCCCGUUGUAAAUUGUAUAUGUUCAGAGAUAACAGUACAUUUUAAAACGGCUAACAAAACGUUAAUGAAUACUUAGCGUUGGAAGCGCUAUUUCUUGAGAGUACAUUGAAGGUACAUUGAGAGUACGUUGAGAGCACAUUGAGAGUACAUUGAACAACAGCUUAGAUAAAGCGCUGUCACAUAAUACUUGGACAUGGGAAAAUAGGUUCCUUCUGAACAGUUUCAUUGUGAAACAUACACGACUGUAUUCGAGAUGUUGCAUUUGUUUUUAUGCCGUGUCAAGUUUCUAAGAUAAUGCUUACUAUUUUCCGCCUUUUUCUCCCACUUUUCUCUCAAUAACUUCAACGGUGCGAUGUGGUUUCUUGUAUGUGUUUUCUGUGAUAAUUUCUGUUUCACGUUUAUGAGAUAUUGUGUUCCCUUUUGGCUUAUUAUUGUGCGUAUCUCAUCGUCCAACAGAUAGUUUAGAACAUCGUUAUAAGAAAAACAUUGUCUCUUUGAAUGAUCCUUAACCAUAUAAUACUUACUGCUCAGAAUUACGAGGGGAACUCUUUUAGUAUAGUGAAUCAACACACCCCCAUGUAUAAUGUAUACGGUGUACUGUGUACUGUAUACUGUGUACUGUAUACUGUAUACUGUGUACUGUAUACUGUGUACUGUAUACUGUGUACUGUAUACUGUGUACUGUGUACUGUAUACUGUAUACUGUAUACUGUAUACUGUAUACUGUGUACUGUGUACUGUGUACUGUAUACUGUAUACAGUAUACUGUAUACUGUAUACUGUAUACUGUAUACUGUAUACUGUAUACUGUAUACUGUAUACUGUGUAUACUGUAUACUGUAUACUGUAUACUGUAUACUGUAUACUGUAUACUGUAUACAGUAUACUACUACUACUACUGUAUAGAAGCUCAGAACAUUAUCCGGCUUUAAGUUUUCUUCUUUUACACACCUGCCCUGUGUAACCACAUCAUGACAUAUAGAUAAGCUGUAUUUAACUUUAAUCCUAUCAAAUAAUAACGGAAUGUGUAACAUGGUGUUUCAUUCAGUAACAUUUGAUGGAAUUCUGCUGUUUCUCUCCCAUAAAAAACCACUCCACACUUUGCUGACUGGUAACGAAUGUGUCACAGCUAGUUAUGGCUCUGUUUUGCCAUUUCGGUUACUAAAGACUCACUCACUCAUCGAACUGACAGAGGAAAUCCUCCUAAUGUCAAGCUGUAGCCACAUGAAUAAUGAAUAUCCUAAUCCACAUGUAAAGAUUCAUCACCAAUAUAACACAUUUUGCCGUACGUGAUUUCUAUAUUUUCUAGUGCCCAAAUUUAUCUUCCUACUUUCAUAUAGGAGUUAAGUUUACCAUGGACAGCCCGAAGGAAACAGACUUUACCCUUAGGUUUAUUUCGUUUGUAUUUUGUGUACUGUGUAUGUGCGAUUCAAAUCGUUAACUGUGUUGGUUCAUUCAUGUGUGCAGGAAGUUCAUGUAUUUUAAUUCGGUCGAUUGGUCGAAGUGGUUAGCUAGAUUCGACUUCAAUGUGUUCAGAUAAUUGAUAUAUUUGUGACCCGUCCUACCUUGAUAUUAUCUUACUAAUAAGCUUCUCUGAGUGGUCUCAUUAACGUGGAAUGUUGAUGCUUGAUUUGUACGAUCUCUGAGAUUAUGAACGUUCAUUUUACACGGAAUUCAAAGUAGGCAAUAUACAUGGAAUUGUUCAUUCCACAGCUCAAUGUAUAUUACAGUUGAGAAUAUGUUUACAUGUACAUACUACAUAGUUUGAUUACGUAAAAUAAUUUAUGUGUAAAGAACGAAAUGAUAUUAUUGUGUGUUGAGCUCGAAAAUUAGGACUUGAAAUCUGAUCUUCUCUGUCCUUUGAUCUUAAAUACAGUAUGCGCUAUGCAGUAUGCACAUGUUUGAACGAUGAGUAUUUCGAACUGAUUUCGUGACAUCAACGAUAAGUUAUAGAUUCUCAUGAUUGUGAUGACAACUUCUUAUUACAUGUCGUAUUGCUCGAUGAGAGCACUUUUUGUAAUGAUUUUCCCGUAUAUCUUUUCCAUAUUUUCGAUCGCGUAAUUGAAUUUGAAUUAUUUCUAUGCCAAUGUAGUGAUGAUUUAUCUCGAUUUUGUCAUUUUAGAUAAUAUUUUCGUUAUAAAUGCAUUUUAAUUAAACGUUAAACAUUCACUAAGAAAUACAUGUGUAUAAUUGUCGUACGUGAAGGCCAGACGAGGAGUGCUGAUGAUUGAGAAAUUUAAAUGUAAGCUGUAGAAUGAGAAAACAGCAGGUUCCGAACAUACGGCGUGUUAAAAUAUAUAAUGGGGUUGACCCGUUAUUUGCACGGUCUAACUCGAGUGAUGAGUUUGGCCUUGGGAGAGAGGAUAAACAUUCAACUGUAAAUUGUACUGCUAUACAAUCAGCUCAACCUAGAGUUGGAAGGGCGAGAUCUGGUCGAACCAGUCUACCUGCCACCAGACAACCACCAGACAGCCCACUACCUGCCACCAGACAAUCGCUGGAGAUGGACGAGCUGAGAGGUACUGCAAUUGACGAUGUGUCAGGGGGAUGGGUCCAGAUGUCGCGGUCAGAGCUCGAGACCAGUUUGGAGACAUUGAGACGAAGGAUGAGUGAGGGACUGGGAUUACAUGACAGAUACGACGAGAUUCUCCGCUCUAUCAGCCGUAUAUACCAGAGCGAAGGAGACGUGGUCCAGUUCAAAAACUUGCUAACGUUACUCAAUAACGCCCUGACGACUACUUCCGUAGAUGACAGUAUCUGGAGGAAGAUGAACCGUUACAACACUGUUAAUCAGAUAAAAGAGUACAUGUUCAACCAUAUGACGGACCCCUCAAUACAGACAUUCGGGUUCAGACUGUUCGGGAACAUGUGCGACAUGGACAUGGGGAUAAAACUGAUCGUAGAUGAAAGCGUGUACUUGUGCCUGAUCAGCACUCUCCAGCAGCCUCAGUAUAUGAACAACCCUGUUGUCAUGGCGGAGGGGUUCAGAGCGCUGGGAAUGAUCGCUAAAAAGAGUGACCACCACGGUGCCCUGAUAAGCAAGCACAGGUGCAAAUGGUGCAACCACGUGACAAUGGCUUUAUCAGAACUAAGGUCGAACGUUGAUUUGGUUGAAAAUGGAGUUAUGUCUCUGUCUUAUCUCUUCAAGUUCAAUAAAAAGGAUGACUACAUUCUGCUUAAGGGACGACUUCAGCUGUUCAAAGAUCUGUUAGAAGAACACAGUGAAAAUAAGGCCAUACAGUUUCACAUCACAAGACUCCUCACUGUUCUUACCAACGAUGAAACUGUUUAUUUGUUUAUCGAACAAGGAAUACCAGAGAUAGCAAUGGGUAACAUUCAUAAGUACCCUGAAGAUAUUGAUCUCAUUAUGGAGUGUAUCUGUCUGUUCGAAAAGAUGGCGUACCAUCAGAGGAACCUGCUGCCGUAUGGCAGCACUGAAGACGACGUCUUUGCUUCUUAUCGCAACAACUUUACCAAGUUGCAAAAGACGGGAAUAUGCCAAGUAGUACGAAAACUUAUUCUCGAUGACAACACGGAAAACCGGGACAUAAUUUUUAGUGGACUUUAUGUGUUAGAGUAUCUAGACCAAUACGAAGAAUGUUCGGAAUCUGAAGCAGUAACCUGGUCCGACUACAUGUUCUCACUGCUUGAGUCAAAUUGUUGGGACGACGAGAAGAAAAAACUGGUUGAAGUGGCUUGUGCAUGUCUUGCUAAGUUGCACGAAGUCAGAGAAUCAGUGAUGGUAUCGGAAGCACAGUGCAUGAACCUUGUGCACGUGAUCUUCCUUCACAAAGAAAACAUACCUAUAUUUAUUGGGAGUUGUCAAGCAAUCGCCGAGAUCAUCCAGAAAAAUCAGACCUUCGCUAUGACCUUAUUUGACAAGGGGAUUCAUCUACAGGUUCUGAAGUUUAUGAAAGACCACCCCUCCUCUGAUGAUAUUCAAUAUGUGGGAUGUCUCUUCAUGAUAAACUUCCAGCUUAAAUUACCCAGUGAUGUCAGACAGAGAACAAAGUUUGAUUCGAGUGGCACGUUCAAGGAGCUGAUCACUCUGUUCUGCGACAAGAGACACGAGGUGGUGAUCAAGGAGCUGUGUCUGGGAGCCAUUACUCUUCUCCUGCGGGACACCAGUGUGGUUAACAUGUGCCAUGAUACCCCUUCGUUAUACAAGAAGAUCCUGACAGCAGCAGAGUUGUAUGGCCUGGUAAGCUACUUGAACCUUGUAGCUAUGAUGAGUAUCACCCUUCUCUGCAACCACAGAAAGAUAGCACAUGACCUUCUAUUCAGUGGUCACGGUGGGAAGAAAGAUAACGGCACUCUAUCUUUUGUAGUGAUCCUUACCCGCAGAAAUCAGAAGUACAGAGAGUGGGUUGUAGCUGGGCUGUACACAAUGUCAGCUCUGCUAAACUGUGAUUUAGAUCCUAACGUGGCGGUAGAAGGGGUACCGGGGGCCCUGACCAUGUUGCACGACCUCUUCAACGAACACUCUCAUGAUAUCGAGAUCAUCAAAUCUGUAAUAACAGCUCUGAGAUCGUUCUGUGGUCUUGCCAACUCUGUAAAACUCCAAAUCGUGGAACUCUUUCUACCAAUGACACUAGAUCUGUUCCGGGAAUCCAAUGACGAGCAUCUAAGUUAUCUGAUCUACAGUUUCUGGGGUGCCCUUGGUACAGACAUACAGGUGCUCUCUGCAGCUCUCAACAAAGCUAUUGACUUAGGAAACGCUGUGAGCGUACAGAUAAUAUUAGAGAUGAACGCCAAUGUGAAUGUUCCCUAUAACGGUAAAUACCCCCUCAUAGCAGCUGUCGAGUCCAUGGACCCGAGUAUCGUGGAACAUAUUCUGUGGCAGAACGUCGAACAAAAACAGGUUGAAAUAGCCCUGAGCAAAACAACAGCCGGUGGGCCUGGUCUGAAUCAAGUGAAGAUAGAUAUCUUGGGCUAUUUACUAAGGGAAAUCGGGUACAGGUCGCAAGACCAACAAAUCGACUGGUGUAACAGAAACUUGGUCUCUCUUGAACCGGAGUGGUUAUUCAUCAUUAUCGACCUUAAUCACGUACAUUACAGUAACCCGGUGAGUCAUGGUCGUAAGAUAUCCCUGGCUAGUCGGGCUGCUAGUGUUAAGAAACAGUGGGUCUCUCUCAGGGGUGUGGAGCCGUCCACUCUCAGCGUUGAGUUCGAGAUGUGGAAAGGUGGGGGAGGUAGGGGAGCAGAGGAAGUAGGAGCAGGGGUGGAGCGGGUGUCGGAAUCAGAAAACGAAGAAUCGGAUAUUUCAACUCCACAUCCCUUGGAGUCCAAAUCUGGAAUUUUAGAUGAGCUUCAUAAAGAGCUUUGCCGAAAGUCUCUGGAGAUUGAUAAGAGUGCGAGUUUACGGGAGAUGAGAGCUCUGAAGGACCUGUCCAGUGUUAACCAGACGUUGAAUCAAAACAGGAGGAGGAUUGGGUCUGUGCCAAACAGGAACAUUUGCAACACUAUUAGAAUUAUCAACGUUUCUAACAACAGGAUUACUUCCAUCGAACGAUUAGGAAGCUGCAAACCCAUUAUGAUGAAGUUGGGGGACGUAACAGAGCUGAACUUUAACCACAACCAACUGAGGUCUAUCCCUAGUACGUUUGGGAAGUAUCUCCGGAGUGUUCGGGUACUGGACCUGUCCUAUAACAGACUCACUUCCUUCCCUGUCUGUGUGCUUAACAUGCCUCUUGUUGCACUCAACAUAUCUGAUAACGAGAUUUCGACUGGAGCGCAGCCUACUCACGAGGAAAAGGGACACGAAUCCGAUGACCCGUUUUGUCCCAGUCUCAAAUCUCUAGAUCUAAGCAGCAACUCCUUCAAAAACAUUCCAGUAUGGCUGAAAUCCACCUGUCCCAAUUUGGAGUUCCUCAACUUUUGUAACAACUCUAUUCAAUAUCUGCCGGACGACAACUUUGGAUUCGAAGCGCUGAAAACUCUUAACUUCUCCAAGAAUCAGAUAACGAGCAUUCCUGAGCCUUUCUUCGAGGGUAUGGAAAGUCUCCAAACCCUCGACAUGAGUUACAACAAUCUUAUAACUUUGUCCCGGUCAUGUUAUAAAGAUCUGCCUAAUCUUAAGAUUCUAGAACUUUCCAACAACAGAUUGAGUUGUGAGCAGGUGGAAAUCAUCCGGCAACUCCCCUCUCUCACCCGCCUGUAUCUGGCCAACAACAAGAUAUCUGGCACCUUCCCCAGCAUCUCUACCUUUGAGAGUAGAACACUCGUUGAGCUCAACAUCAGCAAGAAUCCUGAACUUGUAAACCUGGUCAUCGGUGACGAAACUAAUUUGGCGCUGGAGACUCUGAAGAUUAACGGAACUAAAGUCCAAGUUAUCCCACCUGAAGUUGGAAAUUUGACGAACAUGAUUGAUAUGGAUAUUUCCAACACCUUCAUCCAUAACCUGCCUCUGGAAAUGGGUAGACUCGUCAACCUGCAAUCCCUUAAAAUGGAGAACCUGAAAGAUAUGGACAUAUCUAUAGCUAUGAUGAAGAAGACGAACAUCAUAGUAUACCUCCGCCAGAAACUCAUGAACAGCAGAUCACAUUUCAGAAUAAAGCUGUUUGUGGUGGGGUUGGAGGAGAGAGGGAAGACCAGUCUCUGCUCGGCAAUCAUCAGGAAACAGAGGGAUAAGUCCCCCAAUAUCGCUACUGUUGGGGUUGUAAAGACGGACUGGUUUUACAGAGGAGGGAUGGAGAAUUUGAUAACUAUCUGGGAUUUCGCGGGUCAGAAACAAUUCUACGUGACUCACCAGUGUUUCUUAUCUCAGAGAGGCGUUUACCUUGUUGUAUUCAGUCUCAAGAAAGGAAUGGAAGAGAUAGAUAGAAUUAUACCCUGGCUGCAUACCAUCCAAUCUCGCUCUCCAAACGCACACGUGAUCCUGGUGGGCACUCAUCUGGAUACUGCAGGAGACUUGAAGGCGAUUAGGGAGGCGCUAGACGACUUGUUGAAGUCAGAGGUAAAGGACUUUCUCCCGAAGAUAGAGAGCAUUCAUUUUGUGACCACGUUGCAGCCAAACAGUGGUGGCAUGUCUGAACUCAGACUCAAGAUUAUGAACGUCGCUGAAAAAGCUGAGGCAACUCCUGCUGAUGCGAAGAGUAAAGUCAUGCGAAGAGUUAAAAUCAUGGGAGAGAAAGUUCCUGCUUGUUUCCUGGAACUGGAGAGGUUUGUAGCCGAGACACAGUUGUUAGAAACCAACAAGUACUAUCCCUUCCCUAUACUCGAGCACGAGGAACUAGUGGAACAGCUUGAAACUCGUGGUUUUGACAUUGACAGCGAGAAUCUGGAUAAUGCGAUAACGUUUCUACACGAGUGUGGGGUGAUGCUGCACUACAACAGCUACACGCAAGGCCUCAACAAGCUCUACUUCAUACAACCAGAGUGGCUCUCCGACAUCUUCGGCAAGAUUAUAACCAUACCUGAGGUGCAGAAUUGGGUUAAACAGGGUAUACUGAAGAAGAGUGCCAUGUUGAUAUUACUCAAGGAUAUCGUGGCAAGUCAGAAUAUUCACGCGACUGCGACUAAGGAAGUGAUAGAUAACACGGAGCUUAUCGAGAAGAUAGCUCAUGUUAUGGAAAGAUUCGAGAUAGUGCUCAAUAUCAGUGAUGAUGAGAUUUUGAUACCAUCCCAAUUACCUGACAUGAAACCUGACGACCUCUAUCCUCACCAUGGUGGUGACUGUUUGGAGCGUCUCUACCGCAUGCCAUGCAUUCCACACGGCUUCUGGUCCAGAUUGAUCACACGGUUGGCGCUGUUUGCUCCGGUAAAGGGUUGCGGACAACGCAGAGUCAUGUGGAGAACUGGUAUCUAUAUAGAAACAUUGUGCCUGCUGAACAAUGAGACGGUGUAUUUCCUAGUUGAGGGUAUAGAGAACACCACAGUUCGCAUAGAGACGACAAUGAGUAACAGCGGGUCUGUCUUCCUGGGUCGGAUCGUGUUCCAUAUUGACAGUUUGGUGAAGGAAUGGUACCAAGGUCUCCUGGGUAAAGACUGCAGAGGGAACCCCAUAGUGGAGUAUCUAGUGCCCUGCAAGCAUUGUAAAGAAGAGGGCCUGGAACCGACUGUGUUCACCCUGCAGAAGCUGAUAGAGGAGAGUAAUGCUAGUAACUACGUGCUGUGUGGCCAGCAUACCCAACAUGAUGGUAUUGUUGAUAUCGGGGAUAUAGCCCCUGAUGUUCUGCUCAAAGACUUUGGAAAUCACCUGAUUAAAGACGACGAUAUUCACUACAACGAGACAGCUAGUUUAGGAGAGGGGACCCAGGGUGCUGUUUGUACUGGUACCUUCCAGGGUGUCAAAGUGGCGGUUAAAAUAUUUGGAGGGAUGAUAGAUGAUGAACAUGACUACGAGGAUCAACCGCAUUAUCAGCUGAGACAAGAGUGCUCGAUACUAAGACUCCUGGAUCAUCCUUCCAUUGUGAAGUUCAUAGGAGUGCUGCUCAGACCACGGUGUUUGGUGAUGGAACUAGCUGGGUAUGGUUCUCUUGAUAAACUUAUAAAGUGCUCACGGGAGACUAUGACCAGAAGAUUUAUCCACAGAAUCCUGAUUCAGGUGAGUGAAGGUCUCGACUACCUCCACAGACAUAACGUCAUAUAUCGGGACCUCAAACCACAGAACAUUCUUAUUGUCUCGAAGGAUGUCGGAGUACCAAUGAAUGCGAAGCUCACCGAUUUUGGUGUUUCUGGGCUGACAACGGAUGAAGGUCUAUUGAGUUACGAGGGAACGGUCGGUUACAUGGCUCCCAACAUAACUGGCAAGCAACGUUACGACAGCAGUGUCGAUGUCUUCUCUUUCGGAAUUCUAAUUAGAGAAAUUCUAACCGGCAAGAGAGUUCUGAGUGAGCUUUGUUUCCCAAACCAGGUGGCGGGUGCUUUUCAGCUUGGUAAAGCUGCACUGGAGAAAGAGUUAGGCUGGCACGACAUGACCCACCUGCUGAACCAAUGUGUUAAUCCAAACCCAGAGUAUAGACCCAGCGCUCUCCUUAUCACUGAUCUUCUCAGUAGAGCGGACAUGCUGUGUUUACGUGGUGUUUACGACCCAUUUAACAAAGUACCAGUCAGUCUAAAAGAGUAUUGUGUUAUCAAUAAGAGUGAUUAUGAGACGGAGUUGUGGGUCAAGACCAGAUCUACACAGAAAACAGAUCAUCUUAGUGGACUUGCGGUUAUUUCCCUGACUGAGCUCAACAUUGUUCAGAAAUCUAUGAUACCUAUCAAUGAUGUCAUCUGCUUUACGAGUUACCUCAAAAACACUGUUUUUGUUGGAUGUUCCGCAGGCACAAUCGCGGUUAUCAACGCACAAACGUACCGGAUAGAAUACAAAGCGGAGAUAAAAAGUAAGGGUAACAACCAGUCGACGUUUGCUUUGAACAUACUGUCAAUGAUCUGCAUGGAGGAGCUAGACCCUUCUUACCUUGUCAUUGGACUUGGUAACGGACAGAUCUACAUUUACUCAGACGCUGAUAUCGAGAAGAAGUUUACUUCUCACCAGAAAGUCAUAACAGUGGACAAGACCAAGCCUAUCACAAAACUAGCGCACUGCAAGGAGAACUUGUUUGUUGCCGCGCAUCAAGUAAUCCACGUGUACGAAGUAGAACACUUCAAGAAAAUUUACACAUUUGAUCUGAACUUGCACCAGCAGGGCCUCUACCAAAACCACAUAACCAAGCUAUGUGUAAUGAACCAUUCGAUCUGGGUGGCAUUGCACAACGCUAGCACCGUGUACGUGUGCAAGUUUAAAAAGAACCCCAGCGGUCACAUCAGCAGUAUGGAAAUGGAUGAGAGGAAGACUUUAAAUCUUCCCGCCAUGUUGCCCUCACUACGCUCCGUUCCUCGUGACAUACCUGGACCUUCCUUCAACCUCUACGACUCUGACUUGUUUCAGGAGUUCAGCCCACUAGACAUCAGGAUCACGUGCAUGGUGCAGUGUGACAGGAGUGUUCUCCUGGGACUGGGUAACGGAAUGUUGCUCCAACUUGACUCUAACACCUUCAAGAUCAGGUUCCUGGCUCGUCGUCACCACUCACCAGUGAGAGUUGUGGUGCCCUACCCAGUUAGAGGUGAGGAGAUGCUGGUUGCUAGCUUCGGGGAGGAUGUUGUGGACAUUAGGGGAAACAUUAUCCCUCAUUCCAUUGCUUGUACCUGGGGUGUGGGGGAUGAGACUGAAAGUCUGAGUCGCUAUCUGGACGCGAGAAGGUCAAUGGUUCAACCUCUUGAUUAAUGAUUGCUUGAGCCCUUUUUUAUUGAUCAGCUUAUCAGAUUUUUCACGAUGAGUUUUAUGCGAGCCGCCAUGUACAGUUACCGAACAGAAUUAUCCUUAUCGAUGGUACGUAUGCGCUGUUUGAGAGUCAGAAUGAAAUAUUUACACUACAUUUACACUAUAUAGGUUCAAAUACAACUUUUAUACAAGCAGACAUGCCUCAAUCAUAGAAAUGACUCGAGAAUCCACGAUGCAUGCCAAUUAAAUGGCUUGAUGAAUCUUAUUCAUUCUGCCGACAUAGCUUUUUAAUACAUUUUUAAGAGUCUUCGUGAGAAUAAUUAUGCUACUUUCUUUAUUAAAUCCAGUUACAGAAUGAAUAUGAUAUAAAUGUAUGCAAUAUGCAUUCAAUUUAUCUUUUUCAAGUGACAAGUAAGUCUGCAGAAGCCACGAAAACUAUAAUGAAUUUUUAAUUAGUUAUGUAUAAACCCACCAAAAAGGAAGACUAAUAGUAAUUAGGUCACCAAUUUUUAUCGAACACUUCGGAUAGAUUUAUUCUGAGGUUUUUUAUCGUACAAUGUUAUGUCUUAUUCGUAAGUUUUAAGAAAAAAGGUUGUGUAAAUGUUAUCAAGUGAUUGGAUGAGUUUUGUAUUAAUAUCAUUAUGAGACGUGAGUCGUGAUUUAUGACUGCAAUAAUUCUUAUGCGCUCAGUGUUUAUCAUCAAUUAGUUUAUAGCAUCGUGUUAUGUGUUAUGCUUUAAAUUUUUUCUAAUAGUAAUACAGACUAAUUUUAUCAGAUGUUUUUCAAUCCAGACCCAUAAAUAUGAUUCAUAAAUGAUGAGAUGAGAAUGGAGGUGGGUGCAUGUACGAGAAGCCGUACUUUAUAAGACACCUUUUUAAUUUUUAUAGUGAUACUUCAAUUUGUACUGUAAGUCAUAUUUUUUUGCAAUGCUGACAACUUUGACA